AUGCCGUUCUGGAUAAUGAGCUUGUACAAGGGAAAAUGGAAUUUGAGCCAGAAAUGGUGUGAAGUUUCGGCAUCAGUGCUAGAUACUUUGGGUUUGGCCUCCAUAUUAACUAUGAGCUUAAUUGCCCUGAACAGAUACGUAAAAGUCGUUAAGCGAGCCUUGUACAUCAAGCUCUUUCCCAGUAAAAGAUUUGCUUGGCUGUGCUCUGGUGUCGUCUGGCUGGUUUCUGUGCUAAUCGCCACACCUCCGUUGUACGGAUGGGGAAAAAUGAGCUACGACCCAGAUUAUUUUCAUUGCACAUUCAACUGGAAGGAAGGACACUAUUCUUAUGCCAUGCUGAUUGGAGGGGUCUUCAACACGACAACAUUUGCAAUAUUUUACUGCUAUUGGAAAAUUUAUCAAACAGUGAAAGAAAGCACGGAUAAUGUCAACGCCAACGUCGCACAAAAUGGCGUCGGUGCACCAAGGUUCCAUCGUACUGACGUCAAAGUUUUGAAAAGUUGUUUUGCCGUGGUUUGUUCCUUUUUACUUACAUGGUGUCCAACGGCCAUAAGCGUUUUUGUAAUAUCUGCUGGAGUCUACAUUCCACACGAAGCGUUAAAAGUAAGUACGUACCUGCUGUUCUCCAGUAGUCUGGUAAAUCCGAUCAUCUAUGGGAUUAUGAAUCCGCAGUUUAAAGAGGCCUUCAAAAAGGUACUCAGUUGUGUUUGUUAUGGCAACGAUAAUAGAGAUCAGAGUCAUGCAAGAGUUGGAGCUGUAAUGAUACAUCCGAGGAGCAAUGAAACUGGAUGA